GCUUUUUAUUUAUUUCUUGAGCCGCGCCUUCGUGAGGGGAGUGCUUCUUCUGAGUCUUGCCGAACAUACUCUUCUCAGGUGUUCAUAUCUCACCGAUAAACCUGUUUUCAACCACGUGCCUUGCUUCUUGAAUCUUCUGCAGCUGCCGCAUCGGAAGCUGCGAUUUCGUCGCAAUGUACAACCCAUACCAACCCCCUGGUCUUUAUGGCCGCCCGCCUGAUUUUGGAAGUUAUCCCGGAGCACCUCCCGGCAUGGCUCCUCCCCCCGGAAUGGUUGCGCCUGGAACGACUCCUCCGCCGGGAAUGCAGCAAGCCAACGCCCAACAACCUGGCCGACCGGCCGGCUUCCCUGCCAACUUUCAGCCUCCACCCAACAUGCCCAACAUCAAUUUCUCUGCCCCAGUCAUUCGUCUUGGAACCUCAGGCCCAGCUAAAUCGGCUACCCCAGAUACCAGCAAGGAGCGUGGCGGAGACGUCGCCGGCCGACGGGCUGGCUUGGGAUCUUCCAGCCUAGAGUCGCAGCGUCAGAAUGUUCGCGAUGCCAUGAUGCAACUACAACCGCCGACGCGGGAAGAAAUUGUCCGGACCCUCUUUGUCGGUGGCAUCACGGAAGGUGUGGGUGGCGACGAGGGCGUGGAGAGAAUUCUACGGUCCGCGGGCAAUCUUCGGCGCUGGAUUCGCGCCACUGAUGCGGACGAGAAACCGUGCAAGUUUGGUUUUGCGGAGUACGAAGACCCUGAAAGUCUAGGCACUGCGGUGGAGGCGCUAAAGGAUGUUCAAGUGCCUGUGAAGAGACAGUCACCGCAGGAAGGAGAUGAUAAGGAAGAGCGCGAGGUCGCAAAGAGUACUCUACUAGUUGUCGUUGAUGAGAGCUCCCUGAAGUACCUGGAGCAAUACGAGUCCGGCAAGGGAGAGCAGGAUCCAACCGAGCGUGAGGGGCGGAUAGAAGCUGCACGCAGUGCCCUUGCAGCUGUCUUGUCCGACCUGUGUCAUCCUGCCGCACCCACACAGAAAGAAGACACCUCGGCUAUCGAUCGUGAAGGGGACACGGCUAUGAAGGACUCAGAAGGGCAGAAUGAUGGAACAUCGGCGGAAGUGGUUACGAUCCCGAUCACUGUGGAGGAUGAGCUUUCUGAUAUUCCUCCUGAGAUGAGAGAGACGGUUGCCAAGGAGAUUUCAGCUUUUCGCGAGCGUAGCAACCGCCGGGAUAUUGAGCGGUUGAGGCGGGAGGAAGAAAUCGAGUCUAUGGAGAGAGCACGCAACUCUGGGUCGCGCAUCAAUCGACUGGCAUCUCCUCCCCUUUCUGCCCCUAGUGGGCCUGCCGCCGGCGCCAAUGGAGUUCCGUUGGGCCCUCGCGACCGAGGUGUGCCCUCUGGACCAAAGGGCUUUGGCGUGCAAGUUCCUAAGGAUUAUCAGAAGGGAGUCUCUUUUGUUAAUGGCGGCAAUAUUAAUGGGGCUACAACUGUCUACAUUGACCGGGAAGAUGAAGAAUCAGAUGCUAGCGAUGAGGAGUUAGAGCGUCGUCGUCAAGAGAAGAAGGAGGCUGAGCGAGAAAAGCAGUUUCUUGAUCAAGAACGCCGCUGGCUGAAUCGGGAACGAAGCCGAACUGCCGCUCUGGAACGCGAGAAGAAGCGAGACAAGGAAGAGGCUGCUAAAGCACAGGAGGUACGCGAUGAGAUGGAUAAACGCUACCGGGAAUGGAAUGAUGAUGUUGAGGCCAGCCGCAAGGUGGAGGAGUACUAUGCCGAUCGAGGUGCAUGGCUCCGAAGCCGGGCAGCUUUCCGGGCUCGGGAAGUCAGCAUGGACGAAGCGGAUCGGGCGGCAGAGGAUAGAGAACGGGCCCGGUCCGUGCAGCAACGGGAGCAGGCCCGCGGCAUGGCAGACGACUUCCUCGCUCGGCAGGCCGAAGAGCUCGAGUCACGCAACCAGGCUCCCCGCGAACCCCAGCGGUUCAAGCUUUCCCUCGGUGCGGCUGCGCAGAAAGCUCAGGCAGCCACCUCCCGCCGAACCAUUGCGGAGGUCGAAGGCUUGUUGGAGGACGAAGAAGAACCACAAGCCACAGCCAGACGGCCUCUUAUCCCCAUCAAAUUCGACAGUGCCGCCGAAGCUGCUGGUCUGUCCGACGAGGAGCGUGCGCAAGUUGCCCGACAGCUUGCUGCGGAGAUCCCUACGGACAAGGAGGGACUCUGGAACUGGGACGUCAAGUGGGAGUUUGUGGACGAGAGUGUGGUCACCGAGCAGCUCAAACCGUUUGUGGAAAAGAAGAUCGUGGAAUACCUGGGCGUGCAGGAGCAAAUGCUGGUGGAAGUAGUGGAGGAACAUGUUCGAAAGCAUGGUCAACCCCAGGAGCUUGUAGAACAACUGGAAGAGGCUCUCGACGAAGAAGCAGAAGUGCUGGUCCGGAAGCUAUGGCGAAUGAUUAUCUUCUUCUCGGAGAGCGAGAAGAGAGGCCUUUCUGGGUAGAGGGGAGAUUCUAUUAUUGCUUAGGAGCCAGUAAUAUCAUGAGACAUACAAGAUUGACUCUCGCUGACUUGGUGCUACGUUGACUUCAUGCGCAAACUCUGUGCAUGAAACGAGAACAUGGCAUUGCGCAGGGGCAUUUUGCAUUGCAUCGCGUUCCCGCAUUCAUUCUAUCC